AUGUCUGUGAUCGGUAUAACAUUUGGUAACACCUCGUCUUCAAUUGCGAUUGCCACUCAAGACGGGAAAGUGGACGUGAUUGCCAACCCUGAUGGAGAUCGUUCCAUACCGUCAGCUUUGUCGUAUGUCGGAGCCGAUGAGUACCAUGGCGCUCAAGCAGAGGCAAGGUUAAUAAGAAACCCCGAAAACACCAUAGUCAACUUUAGAGACUUUAUCGGCAAAAAGUUUUCCCAGAUCAAACCCGACUUCUCCCACGGGGCCAAGCCCCGAGAUGUCAAUGGAGAAAUUGCAUACGAAAUAAAGACUGACGGCAAGACCGAGACGAUUACCAUUCACCAAGUCGCUGAGAGGCACUUUAAGCAGUUGAAGUCAGCAGCUGAAGACUACAUUGGCAAGCCCGUGGAAAGUGUCGUGUUGGCAGUGCCUACAGACUUUACAGAACACCAAAGAGAAGAAAUCACCAGGAUUGCCAACGAUGCCGGGUUGAAAGUUUUGCAAUUGAUCAAUGAGCCAUCCGCGGCAUUGCUUGGCCAUUUAUCGAACGAAGAAGACAAAUUGUCCGAAGACAAGAUCUACAUUGUUGCGGACUUUGGAGGAAUCAGAUCCGAUGGCGCCGUCAUUGCCGUGAGAGGAGGCGUGCUCACCAUCUUGGCCACGGCCCACGAGUACGGCUUGGGUGGAGAGAACCUAGAUUCGGCAUUGUCGGAGUUUUUCGCCAAGGAGUUUGAGAAGAAAUACAAGGCCAACCCUAGAACCAAUGCCAGAUCGCUUGCCAAGUUAAAGGCGGAGUCGAUUGUGGUUAAAAAGACCUUGUCCAAUGUGCAAACUUCAACGUGCUCCAUCGAGUCCUUGGCCGAAGGUUAUGACUUCCACACGAGCAUCAACCGUUUGAGAUACGAGUUGGCCGCUAGGGAGCCCUUAUCGAAAAUGGCGGCGUUUGUGGAAAAGGCCAUCUUGAAGGCGGGCUUGGAGCCCUUGGACAUUGACGAGGUGCUUUUGGUGGGUGGAUGUGCACACACCCCCAAACUCGCCUCGAACAUUGCGAUCCUUUUCCCCAGCUCCACCAAGAUUGUGUCUCCAUCCUUGGACUCUAAGGCCUCCAACCCUUCCGAGUUGGUUGCGCGCGGAGCUGCUUUGCAAGCUUCGUUGAUUGAAGGUUUCGAGCAAGCGGAAAUCACCGAGUCGUUGCAGCCUAUUGUGGUCAACACGCAACACAUCUCGAAGCCAAUCGGCAUCAAGGACGCCGAGGGAAACUUCCAGCCGAUCUUGGUUGCUGAAACCGCUUACCCCAUCAAGAAAUCCAUCGAAGCCACCAAUGGAAACAGCACCACGGCCUUGAUUCAGUUGUACGAGGGUAAGAGAACGGUGAAGGAGACCGUUGUCGAGCAAGAAAAAGACGAAGAGGACUCGGAAGACGAGGACUCUGAUGAAGAGCCCGAGAUCGAAAGAGAAGUUGUUUACCAAGUAGGCGACUUGUUGGCCGAAUUAUCGUUGAAGGAUUUGAAACCCCACUCGAAAUUGGAAGUGACGGUGAACAUUACUCAAAAUGGAGUGUUACACUUGACUGGAAGGGAGUUGAAACAGGGCUCGGUUCCAGUAAAAGGUGAAAUCUCAUCCAACUAG